GCGCCGCUCGCCCGGGAGGGGCUUGACCGCGCUCCUUGCGGGAAGCAGCCUCUCCCCGGCGAGCGGUCGCCGACCGCCCGCCCUCCGGUGCCCGGCGGUGCCUGAAGAGCCGCGGCAGCACCGGGGAGUGACUUGGCGGGGGGAGGAGAAGAGGAGGAAAAGAAAUCAGAUUGCCGAAGGGAUUAGGAAGGGGGGUGGGGAAGCGAAGCCCUCUUCUCCCCCCCCCCUUCUCCUCACACACUUGUGGAGCUUUUCAGAGUUACCCUUCAGCAUCAGUGGCACCGGCGGGCGAGCCGGGGGAGCAGCGACACCGAAACGUGCUCGGCAAACUGCAAGUGAGAUCAGAGGGAGCGGAGCGGCCCUGUCCGGCGGACCCUGCCCCGGCCGCACACGCGGGGGCUGCGCUUCCCGGCGGCGAUAGUUUAUAUACAUUAAUAUUUUUUUACGUUUUCCCUGCUCCUCUCGCUUUCCCGAGCAACGAAGGACGGGGCUUGCAGCUUUGCGGGCGGGCGUGCUGCCGGGCCGCCUGCCCUGGGCGGGCGAGGAGGGGCGAGAGGGAGGGAGAGAUGCCGCUGAUUAGAGGGAAAGUCGUGCUCAUCCUCGGCUUCGUCUUCCUGACAACUUUCCUGGCUGCGGUGAGAGGGCUGCCCGUGAGGAAGCAGCGCAGCAACAGCCCGAAAGAGAGGAGCUCCAAGCUGGCGGAGGUGUCUGCCUCAUCCGGCCCCCGUUCGGCAGGGGACGAGGAGCUGCCGCCAUCGGGCAAGGCGCGGGGCCUGAGGCGGAGCGGGCAGGCUGGCCUGCGGCGGCACAGGCGCCGAGGGGUGGCUCAGCAGCCUGCCAGGAGCCCAGUGGUGCCACAGCCCAGCGGUGCUGGCCGGGAUGAGAACCUGCCCUUCAUGCUGGACCUGCAGAGCUUGCCAGGGCUGGCCAACGUGGACCUGAGCUCCCAGAAUCCCAACAUCCAGGUGACCAUCGAAGUGGUGGAUGAUCCUCAGGCUGAGAUGGAGAUGGACUUGUUGAAGGAGACAAGUAAUGACUGGUCCCUGACGUCUCCUGAGUGGUUGUCUCACAAGGACCUCUUCUGGCCUCUUUUCUGGGAAUACACCGACCCCAUUGAGGAGGAAGAGGAGGAGGAAGAAGAGGAUGAGGAGGAGGAAGAGGAGGAAGAAGAGGAUGACAACCUGGAUGUAGGGGACAGGGAGGAGGAAGAGGAGGAGGAGGAAGAUUACACAGCAGACUAUGAGGAGGAGUCAAUGCUCAGUGGAGUGGGAGGUGACUGGGACCAGCAGUGGCCCAGGCAGAAGAACUGGAUCUUUAAGGACAAAUAUAAUUAUGACUAUGAAGAUGAGGAGGAGUGGAGCCCAUGGUCUCCUUGCAGCAUCACCUGUGGCAGUGGAAACCAGAAGAGGACCCGGUCCUGUGGCUACGCCUGCACAGCAACGGAGUCAAGGACCUGCGACCUGCCACACUGCCCUGGAGCAGAUGGAGAAAUGGUUUUCCCCACAAAGGAGAUGCCUUUCAAAAGUGACAACACCACAGAGCUCUUCAACUCAGAGGUGGACAGCUGUGAGAAGUGGCUGAACUGCAAGAGCGACUUCCUCACCAAGUACCUGAGCAAGGUGCUGACGGACCUGCCCAGCUGCCCCUGCUCCUACCCGCUGGAGGCCGUCUACAGUGCCGUCAACCUGCGGGAUGAGCAGCAGGGCAAGAGCUUCCGAUGGCGGGAUGCCAGCGGCCCCAAGGAGCGCCUGGACAUCUACAAGCCCACAGCACGCUUCUGCCUGCGCUCCAUGCUCUCCCUCGACAGCACCACCCUGGCUGCCCAGCACUGCUGCUACGAUGAACACACCCGCCUCAUCACCCGUGGCAAGGGGGCUGGCGUCCCCAACCUCAUCAGCACCGAGUUCUCCCCAGAGCUGCACUACAAGGUGGACAUGCUGCCCUGGAUACUCUGCAAGGGCGACUGGAGCCGCUACCACGCCGUCCGGCCCCCCAACAACGGGCAGCGGUGUGCUGACAACCCCGCCGAGGAGGAGUACCUCUCUCAGCUGCAGGAGGCCAAGGAGUACUAGCCACAGCCAUGUCAGAGGAGCUAUGGCCACUGCCAGCUCCCACCCCGGUGCAGCCUGGUGUAGCCCUGGUCCUGCUCAGGGGCUCCUCGCUGGCGCUGGGCAGCGCAGGGAGGAUGCAGCGUCUGUCUCAUCCCCCUAGACGGGUGCCUCGGCCCACCUUGGAUUUCAAGGGGUGCUGGAGGUUAUGAUGCUGCGAUCCCUGCCAUGCCACAUGGGGUGGUCCCACACCCUGGGAUGCCUGGGCUGGCGCACAGGGAGCUGCAGGGGAUGGGAGGCAUAAAGGGAAUGGGGGGCUCUUCCCGUCUGCUUUUGUUCUCCACAGUCUUUCAACGCAAGCUGAAAGCUGAGCAUCUUCAGGGUGAAAUGGCCUCAGCUCCUGCUGGCUUCAUGCUGCAUCUGAGGAGCUGGCCUGCUGCGGGCAGAGUUGCCUGGUCUUGCCUGUACACCUGACCUGGCACAUGCUGCUCUACUUCUGAAACUGGGGGUGGGUCCUCUAGGGAGGGACAGGGCAUAGAGUGCCAUGCACAGAGUGCAGGCACCCCUUUCCUUGGGUUUUGCAUGCACGAUUGGGAAGGAGCAGGGUUUCAUGGGUCCAGGGGGUGUGUGGGGCAGGAGGAGACUGGCUGCCUGGGCUCCCUUGGCAAGGUUGCUUUGUCACUGUGGUUUGGGUUGUGAAAGGGAACACUGGGUGCCAAAGCCAGACACACGUGGACCUCAGAGGAGGUCAGCAUGGGGGAACACCACCUGUGUGUGCAUUUCAGCCCCUCUGCCUUAGUGCUUAGGGGAGCAGGGUGGCAGCACCCAUGCAAGUCCCACCACCAGCCCGUCCUGGCAGCCCCACAGUGGGUUUCAGUGCUCGGGAGCAUGUGUGACACUGCCCAGCAGAAUGUCCUGUGUUUCCCACCCACAGCCCUGCUGGGGGCAGGAGGCAGCUCAGCUGCCACUCAUGCUAUUACUGAAGAGCAGCAAAAAGCACUGAGGCAAGUUCUCUAUGGGGAUGGCAACAAAUCAGGCACUGCUGGGAGCACCCAGCAUUGCCCCUCUCUGGUCUGCUGCUGGCCUCAGGCCCUGCUCCAUGCUGUGUCUGCCCAGCUCCCCAGCAAGAGGCAGCCCAGAGAAAGCAAAUCGUGUGUGCAGCCUGUGCUCCUCAGGCUUGCUGCCUGGCCAGGCGAGCCAGUGUGUCUCCAAAGGAGGAGGACACGCACGUGCUAAUAGUGUCAAUACCUAGUUAAUAAUGUCAGUACCUGGUGUUUGCAGAUCAUGGUGCUCACCAUUGGUGCUUUGGUCUUGCCUGGGUUUUACUUAGCUUUUCACAGGUUCAUGGCAGUUUCUCCGAGCAUAUUUUAGGGGCUCCUCA